GGGGUCCUGAACGUGGCAGUAAUAAACAAAGAUGGCGGUGGCUUUUACAGCCUCAUAGAGUUUUUCUGUACUGAGGAACUUUAGAAUGAUGAUUUUAGAUCAUUAAUCACAACAUUUCAUAUAUGCAUCAUUGUUCCGUCUUGUUUGUGGUGUUUUAGGUGUUCCGUUGUAAAAUGAGCGGCUGGGCCGGUUUCUCUGAUGCGGAAUUACGGAAGAUUCAACAGAAAGACUCGGCGAUGCCCGCAGCGGCAGCCCGCGGUCGGAAACCGGUUCCAGCCAACCGGAGUCGGCAGCAGCUACAGCGGGAGAGGGCCCUCCAGCUGGCCGCGCAGAAAAGCACCGGAGCCCCGGCACCUGGCCUCCCUCUGGAGCAACAGCUAAGCACACCGGCGCCGAAGCAAGAGGCUGUGUUUCAGCCCAUACCCACUGCAGGAGCUCCGGCUGUCAAGCAGGAGCUGCAGCAGAAACCAAACGAGGUGAAGUCGACUGAGAACCAUCAGCCGCGUUCAGAGGAGGAAACCCCGGCUGUUAAAGAGCUGGAGAAACAAGAGGUGGAACUACGGGAGAAGACACGUCUGGAGCAGCUGCAGCAGGAGCAAAAGAUAAUCGAAGAGAGGAAUAGGCGCAAGAAAGCUCUGCUGACAAAAACUAUCGCUGAGAAGUCCAAACAGACUCAGGCAGAGGCUGUGAAGUUGAAGAGGAUCCAGAAGGAGCUCCAGGCCCUCGAUGACAUGGUGUCCAAUGAUAUCGGCAUCCUGAGAGGAAAGAUAGAGCAAGCAAGCUGGGAAUACUCUGCAGCCAGAAAGCGCUACGAGAAGGCGGAGGCCGAGUACGUGACGGCCAAACUGGACCUGCACAGGAAGACGGAGGUGAAGGAGCAGCUGACGGAGCACCUCUGCGCCAUCAUCCAGCAGAACGAGCUGCGUAAAGCGCUGAAGCUGGAGGAGCUGAUGAAGCAGCUGCAGCUUCAGGCCACUGAGGAGGAGCUGGAGAGGCAGAAGGUGGAGGAGGAGGAGGCGGAGAAGAAGAGAAGCUGUGUGGAGAGGCAGAGAAACGGUUCAGUGGAGAAUCAGGAGGGAACGAUGCAAUCAACCAAAGACUGUAGACCCACAGAGGGAGAGACAGUGAAGGAGGAGAGAGGAGGAGACGUCCAGCAGCAGCACCACCCGACGACUGAAGCAGCGACGACUGAACACGACUGUAAAACUCUAGAAAACUGUGUUCAGAGUGAGGCCGAGGCCUCCUGAUGCUCAGAACAGACAAACACACGUUCAUCAUCUGUCAGCUGAGCUGUAAAAUAUCUGGACGUUAUCACACAUUGAUAUAAAAUGCUAACACUAAUGUUUCACACUGAUACUAUCAGCUAGAUGAGAUGUUGAUGCUGGGUGUCCACAUCAGAACAAACCGACUCAGAGUCUCUCAGACAUUAUGUUGUUACUCAUCUUGAUGUAUCAUUAUAAUGAGUACUGGUACCAGAAGUCGUGGGGAGGUGAUGGUUGAUGCACAAACCACUUUUAAGGGAACUUUUAUCUGGUUAUGAAACAUUGUCUGUUUAAUCCUAAACAACACCAACAGUGAGAAAAUUGCUCCUUCUGUAUAGUUAUUAUAGAUAUUCUUAAUGCCUGUCACCAGGCCUGAUUCAGAUUGAUCCGGGUCAGAGAAGUCAUGAAAUUACAACCAUCUUUUAUGGUGAGUUCUGAGGGUGUCGAGGAGCUUCAGAACCUGAGAAAAAAACAAAUUCUACUUUGUUUUGCUUUUUGUCCGCAGCAGCUGCCAGAAUCAGUAAAAAAUAAAAGUUCCUUCUAGCAGCUUUAACCUAAUUAUAGCCAAAACCUUGAGUUGCCUUAAACAGAACAAUAAAAUGUUAAAGAGCAGCUCCAAUCAGAAAUAGAGAGCCAGUAUUAGAUUGUUACCGGGGUGAGGAAGGUUACAUCUUCACCUGCAGCUCUGCAGACUAGUUUAUGAAUAACAGUUCUUUAUUAUGCUGAUAAAAGAUGUCAGCUGGAGUUAUUGCAUGUUCUUGACAAUGUGUUUUCUGUUGCAGAUUAGUAGAAUACACACACAUUUUUAGCAGACAGAGUUGAUCUGUCAAAAACUGUCAAGUCACAAAGAAAAGUUCCAGAUUCAGGUCAGAAUGUAACAAUGGGAUGUAGUCAGUGUUCGUCCGGCUGCUUUUGUUUAGAUGGUUUUUUUUGUUGUUUUCUACCGAGAACCUCACAGAGCUGUAAUCCAUCUGUAAAAAAGUUGUUUCAUGGAACUCGAGUUUGAGUUUUUCAUCAGCAGUGGUGUUUGAUAAAAGUCAAAGGACACCCGGCCCUCCGUUCACAUGUACCUGCAGCAUCAGACACACUCACAUUCAGCUGCAGAGUAAAAUAUCUCUCAGCCAUUAUCCUCCAUCGCUGUCUUUACGUGUGCCCUUCCAAACAAAAAAAAAAAAAACUCCUCUUCCAAACAUGUGGUUUUACAUCCCAUGUGAAUUAUCUGUCUGACCAAAGGUCGAAUUCAAAAUCUGACUGUUUCUGAUUGUCGUCUCUUCUGUGGCGACAACCAAAGAUGGGUCCUGUUUACUUCCUGGAACGUGUCUGUUUGAUGCAGACGCUCUGCAGCGUUCAUCCAAACAUGAACCGUCCUGUGUCACGUUCUGGAGAUGAACACGUUAGCUGGCGCUGCGCUCGUGUUUCACAGAGAUGAUUUGGGUUUUUGUCGGUGCUGCUGAGGAGCAACGGGCCUCCGGAUGGUAAGAUGAUACCUGUUCAUUUACGGACGGACGCUUUCAGCUUUUUGCUCGCUGCACAUGUGUUGAAAAUAAUAUAUGACAGUAAUCUAAUGUUAAAUUUUAUAUCUGUGGGCCUGACCAAAGUCUGUAUACUCUGAGGUUUGUAUGUGGAGCGAAUGAUGUUGCAUAUGAGAAGUUAUUUGAAUGGGUAAAUAUUUAAGAAGGUGAUAUUUAGGUAUGCAGUCUGAUAUUUUACUAAAAUAAACUUUAAAGGAGCUCA